AUGAAUGAACAGAUUAGUGACUUGAUAUCUAAAUGUGAUAUCUGUCAGGAAUAUCAGUCAUCAAACCCGAAAGAGCCAAUGAUGGAAUCGCCAUUACCAAGAAGACCUUGGGAGAUGGUAGCCACGGAUCUUUUUCAAUGGGAGCAGAAAGAUUAUUUGGUUGUAGUUGACAUUAUUCUCGAAUGGAAAUUCGAGCAUCAGACGUCCAGUCCUUACUACCCCAAGUCUAAUGGUUUGGCAGAGAAAGCUGUUCAGACUGUGAAAACAUUACUGUCAAAAGCCAAAGCCGACGGCAAAGAUCCUUACCUGAGUCUUCUGGAGUAUCGCAACACACCAAUAGAAGAUGUGGGUUCCCCAUCACAAAUGUUGAUGAGCCACCGACUUCAGUCCAUUUUACCGACAACUACAAAGCAGUUACAACCGCAGAUUGUCGAUGCUAAACUAGUUGAAAUGAAAUUAAAGAAGAAGCAAGAGAACCAGAAGAAGUAUUAUGAUAUUGGAUCUCGAGUACUCUCACCUGUGAAUGAAGGAGAAAGAGUUCGCGUGAUCGAUGGAAAGAAGCCAUGGUGGAAGAAAAGUUGUCAUCUCCAAGAUCAUACAAAAUCAGGACUUCAACUGGUCAAGUCAUUAGAAGAAAUCGUGUGCAUAUCAAAAAACGAAAUAACCUACUGGAAGAAAAUGUGA